AUGACACGAAACUUUUGUUACGAUCUGGGCACCAAGUAUUUACGGCGAGUGGUAGACAAUGUAUUGGAUCUGAGCAAGCUAGAAGAGGGCAAGCUGGAGGUGGAGAGCGAGCCGUUUGAACUCAUACACGUGGUUGACGCCGUGAUUGCACAGCUGGAGGUGGAGAGCGAGCCGUUUGAGCUCAUUCACGAGGUGGAUGCUGUGAUUGCACAGGAGCAUGAGAAUGCGAGCGACAAGGGCCUACAAGUGUUCUGCUCGGUCGAGCCACAGUGUGCCGAUGUGAUUGUAAAGGGCGACAAGCACCGCGUGCAGCAGAUCGUUGCAAACUUCUUCCGCAACGCAGUGGAGUACACCCAGCAGGGCUGGGUCGAGGUGCAGCUCUAUAAAGCAUCCGGCGAAGUGGCUUCUAACAAGUACGGAAGAGACGCGCUGGCCGGAAGGCUCGUGCCUGGGCAGCAGACUGGGCAGCGGACCGGGCAGGGCCGAAAAGUUUCGGCUGACGGGGAGGAGAUUUUUCCGUUCGUCUUUUGUGUGGCGGAUUCAGGCCCGGGGUUGAGUGAGGAGCAGCGGCAGCAUGUGUUUUCGGGCAUGGAUCCGAGCUUAGCACCAGCCAUCUCCAGUGGUGCUUCCGACACUGAAUCGCGCAGCUCCUCUACCCCAGAAGGGUGGGGCCUGAGCCUCAUAGUAAGCCAGAAGCUCGCCUUUCUAAUGAACGGCACUCUCUCUUGCGACUCUGCCAUUCCCCCCCCUCCAAAGGCUCCUCCUUCCUUCUGUUGUGUGACUUUCCCUCCCCUUUUCCAUCUGCCCCUCUUUCCCAGCAGCUCCUCUGCCCCAGCAGGAUCAGGCCUGGGACUUAUCGUCAGUCAGAAGCUUGCCUCACUCAUGCACGGCACUCUCUCCUGCCACUCUACCCUCUCGCAAGGCUCAUCCUUCCGCCUCUCCCUCUCGCUCCCCUUCGCCGGCCGUUCCAAUCACGCCGACCCUGCUGACGCUGGCGCUGACAUGGCGGCGGGCCACGCCAGCCUGGCGCCAGGUGGCAUGAUGAGCUGUUACUUGAGUAACCGGGUGAAAGGGGUGGUGUAUUCGUCGGUGGGGGUGUGGAGUAGUGCCGAGGAGAUAGCAGCUGCACCAGUUGUACCUCCCACUCUCUCCAGAAGCCUCCCUGCUUCUCUGUCUGCCCCAACUGGCAUGGCUGCUGGUGCUGCUGCUGCAGGGAGAGUGCAGACUGGAGCAGGCUUAUCUGGGGCAGGUUCAUCUGGGGCAGCACAUGUGAUGGCUGGAAUGGCAGGCAUGACCCUUACUGGAGCGCACCCACAUGGCGUUUCCACUGGGGCUGCUGCUGUGGUUCUCAGUCCUUUCAGCAGCACAUCUACCGACGGCGAUGACCCUCUCACGGCUGCUGCUGCUGCUGCUAUCUCUGGUUCCACCGCAGAGGAUGCUGACGUGGACGCUGCUGCGCUGGCGGCAAUCGUUGAGCUGGAGGCGGCCUAUGGUGGCCGGGUGAUGGUGCAGGUGCUUCGUGAAGUGGUGGAUUUCCGGGAAGUUGCGGCUUCCGCCAUGGCUGCCAUGGCGACAUUGCUUCCCGCACUUAGCUCCGCCGCGGUUUCCGCCAGUUUCUCCACCGUCUCGUCGCGGAGCAAGAGCCUCGCAUGCGAGCCCCUCACUUUCUCCAUGCGCUCUCUCCGCCUCGCUGUCCCCCAGGCCGCCACUACCACCGCACCAGUGGUCGAGCUGGCAGCUGACGUGGCGGAGGCCACGUCAGCAGUGGAGGAGCUGCCGCUACAGUCAGCAGAGGACAUCAAGGUGGCGCGGAAGGAGGAGCAGCGGCGCAAGCGGUUGGUGCAGAAGAGGAAGCUGAGGAAGAAGGGCAGAUGGCCGCCCUCCAAGAUGAAGCAGCACCAGAAUGUGUAA